AAGUUUGUGCUCAUUUCUGACUGACUUUCCUUUCUCUCCUCUCCCAGAUUUAACAAAUACAGUUGGAGCAGACACUUGAUGUUUUAGUUUAGUUUUUUUUUAUUCAAAGAUGGACUACAGUCAGCCAUUUUCCAUUUUGAACGAGAGACUACGACCACGUGUCAACACUACUAGUCAAAUCUACUCCUCUCUCAACAGACUGGAGGACAGGUCAUCACGGGCAACCUCAGUCUACUAUACAAAACCGACAAUGACACCAACAACGGCACCAAUGCCUCCAGAAGACACUGUCCAGAAUCAAGAUGAGUUGGACAGUGAGUUAUCUUCAGAACCUCCUCAGCUAUUUGAAGACGACUCCACUUCACUGUCUGAUUUGGGCCUGAAUGAAGCACGGGAUGAAGAUGACUCAAGUUCUACUAAAUCAGAGGAGAAAGAUUGUCCAGGGGAGCUUCCCAUGGACAGGACGGGGGAGAAUCCGGUGUCACCGGUAGCAACAGAGGAGGUUGAGGGAAGCAUCCUGCACAAGGCGUUCAUUGACGGGACACUGCCAGACCUCAUCAAGAGCGGGAGACCCCUGGGGAGGAGAAGGACACUUGGACAUGUCAAUGAUACAUUGAAGGAGGUGCGGAGGGAGGUGGAGCUGUCUCGUCGGAGGAGCAUCAGACUUAAAGCCCAAGUCGACAAACUCCAGGAGAGCCACGAGGGCCACGGCUGGAGCCAGGACCGAGAGAGGGUGACAGAGGAGGUGCUGUCUAUACUGCGUCUCCUGCACCCUCUCACAGAGCCGGAGGCGGGACCCCUGAAGGUCCCUCAGGGAGACAACAAGCUCGAUGAGGCUCUACUCCAGCUGCAGUUUGUGUCCCGAAAACUGGCCAUGGACCACACCACACAGGACAAAAGUAAAUCUGGUGAGAAUAGAGCAGAGGAGACUGCGAUUCUUCAACAAGCUCUACGAGACAGAGACGAGGCCAUUGAAAAGAAGAAGGCCAUGGAGGCUGAACUGUUGCGCAGUAAGACUGAGAUGAUGGCUCUGAACAACCAGUUGCUGGAGGCGGUGCAGAAAAGACUGGAGCUCUCACUGGAGCUGGAGGCCUGGAAGGAGGAUGUGCAGCUAAUGAUCCAGCAGCAGGUCCAGAUUCAGCAGCAGCAAGCUGAACAAUCGCCCAAGAGAAACUUCCGGGGCAUCCUGAGACGAAACAACAAACCCCCCAUCCAACGCCCCAACAAUUACCCCGCGCCUGCGCCGCCUUCAACAACCCAUGCAAACCACAUCUAUAUCAACAAACCCGCCAGCACCACCCCGACUGCACCCCCCCAAACCCAGGCUCCUAAACCAGGUCCCAUAGCCGCAUCCACAUCCGGGACCCUCCCACGAAACUGGAGGCUGAAGAAGAAGUCGGCACGUCCAGAGCAGGAAGGGGCUGAUGAUGGGUUUCAAGUCAUAUCACUGGAUUGAACUAAAGAUAUUUUGGUACAUUAAUGAUCAUGCACUACUAUUUUGUAAUAAAUGGUUAUGUCAGUGAAGUGUCAAUGGAAAGAUGUAGAGGGACAAGUGCAAUCUGACUGUUGUAUUUAAGUGUGUUAAAUGGUAUACAUGUUUUACACAUGUGUCUUUGCAAUAUGUAAAUAAAUGCUGUUUAUAAGA